AUGGCUUCAACCACGCUCUACCCCAAACCCUCCCUGGGCCAGAAGCUCGACCUACUCCCAGCUCUCGGAUCGCUCGUCUUCGCAACCUUCGCCGCCCUGGCCACCAGUUUCCGACGAGGUCCCAAUGAUGAGCCCUCGUUGUAUUUACACGUCGUCUACGCGGCGGUGCGGAAACUUGUAGUUCGUCUAUCCGCGCCGCAAUUACAAUGGGUGUUCGCACACACACCCACCGUGUACAAACAACAAGCAAAGUCCUACAAAAUGGACCAGCGCACAAUCGAGCUCAACCACGGCGGCAAAGGCCACUGGAUUGGAAACCCAGAUGCCGAACACGUCCUCAUCUGGUAUCACGGUGGCGGCUUCACUCUUCCCGCCCUAGAAGGCCACCUCAAAUACUUUCUCAAACUCGUCAAGUCGCGCCCCAGUAAAGACCUCGCUGUUUUCUUCCUCUCCUACACGCUCGCCCCGACGGGCAAAUACCCCACGCAGCUGACUCAAGCCGUCGAAGCCCUGCGGUACAUUGUUACGCAAACGCAGCGCAAGCCCUCGCAGGUCAUUAUCGGUGGUGACUCUGCGGGCGGGAAUCUCGUGUCUGGUGUUUUGGCACAUCUUACGCAUCGACACCACGCGAUUGAGGAGUUGACGCUGAGUGAGCCCCUUAGAGCGGCUGUCCUUAUGGCUCCGUGGACGGCGCUGGACAAGAAUGAAGUCAAGUUGAGUUCGUAUGAUGGCGCGGACAUCAUUACGGGAACGGCGUUGAACACCUGGGCGGCGAAUUAUAUGGGCGGCCAGAAACCGGAUUACUAUACGGAUGCGUCGAGCGCGCCGGCAGAUUGGUUCAAGGGUCUGCCGGUGAGUAAGAUAUUAGUGCUGGCGGGGCAGAAUGAGACGCUGCUGCCGAGUAUUAAUGAAUUUGUCAAGAAUCUCGAGGCGGGUUAUGGGCCCGUGGAGUUUUAUGUGGCGGAGAGGGAGGCGCAUAUUGCGCCGUUUGUGAAUCUGGUGUUUUAUUAUGGUGCGCCGACGGGGCAGGGGAAUAAGUUGAGGGUGUGGUUGGAGGAUGUGGUUGCGGCGAGGGAUGAGGACUAUGAUCAUGUGUAG